UGCUUGUGUCUGUUCCUCUUCGUUAACCGGCUACCGGUCUCACUAUUCGUAGCUGUGCCGUUAACUUCAAGUGCCCCACGUGUCUUUCUCGUACUUCUAAUCAGACGCUUUCAACUUAUCCGUUUCUGCCAUCCUUGCUGGUUCGUAGAUCAUGACUGACGCAUUAUCCAAACGCAAUCGUUUCAAAGUGAACCGAGUCGACUCUGGAGGCGGAAAUUCCGAAGAAGAUGGCGAUGAUUCGGAAAAGGGCAAUAGCUCGGAGGCGAUCGAAAUGGGCGAACGGCCUGGCUCGGCCGCGUCCAACGAAGGUGAACGGGCGUCCUCUCCGACUGCUCUUUUGUCACAAGGCAAUACCUACAUGACGAUGAACGAAAGUGGUCAACGGACAUACGCCGCUACCAAAAGCUUACGCCACCAACUGACCCGUGAAGCGUUGCCUCGGCUCGACAACUACCGCAACAUCCUUUCAAUUCAAGCCGGCCAUAGACCGACCCUGGACGAACUGCACAAUGCAACCAUUCACGAAAAGCCUCAAGUAGAGAAAGCCAACGAGGUCGUCCCAGACACUUUCGUUAAAUUUGGCUGGAUCAAAGGAGUCUUGGUGCGAUGUCUACUCAACAUUUGGGGUGUAAUGCUUUUCCUUCGCCUUUCUUGGGUAGUAGGACAAGCCGGAAUAGGUGAGGGAGUAAUUAUCAUCACGCUGGCCUGCGUUGUUACUACUAUUACGGGACUAUCAAUGAGUGCCAUCAGUACCAACGGUAACAUAAAAGGCGGCGGAACGUAUUACAUGAUCUCGCGAUCGCUUGGCCCGGAUUUUGGCGCUUCCAUCGGUGUCAUCUUUGCCAUCGCAAAUGCUGUCGCCGUAGCUAUGUACACCAUCGGUUUUUGCGAAUCGCUCAACGACUUGCUGAAGACGUUCGAUCUCAAAAUCAUCGACAACGGUGUCAAUGAUGUGCGCAUUAUCGGCACCAUCACCAUCAUAUUACUAACUGGAAUCGUCGUCAUCGGUCUCGAAUGGGAAACUAAGGCACAAAUCGUUUUGCUGGCCAUCUUGAUUGUCGCUCAAGUAGCCUUCGUCAUCGGUAGUAUUAUGGGCCCAAUGGACGAUGAGGAAAAAGCUAAAGGAUUUGUUGGUUAUAGUAGCGAGUUAUUCGUGGAAAAUUUUUCACCUGAUUACCAAUACAGCGAAGGCAAAGAACAUAGUUUCUUUACCGUAUUUUCCGUCUUCUUUCCGGCUGCGACGGGCAUCUUGGCUGGAGCCAACAUUUCCGGCGAUCUCAAAGAUCCUCAACAUGCUAUUCCUAAAGGAACUAUGUUGGCCAUUGCUAUUACAAGUUUGACAUACGUCGGUUUCGCCAUUAUUUGCGGUGCGACGGUUUUGAGACAGGCCACCGGCAAUGUUGAAGAUCUCUACAAUGGCACGCUCACUAACUGCACCGAGGGUUGCGAAUGGGGACUCCAAAACAGUUUUCAGGUUAUUGAACUGGUUUCGGCUUUCGGUCCUUUGAUUUACGCCGGUUGUUUUGCGGCUACCCUCAGCUCUGCUCUGGCCAGUCUCGUCUCUGCACCCAAAGUGUUCCAGGCUUUGUGUAAGGAUAAACUUUAUCCUUAUUUGGGUCCGUUUGGUCGCGGAUACGGUAAAAACAACGAGCCAGUUAAUGGUUACAUCUUGACAUUUAUCAUCGCUUUGGGCUGCAUCAUUAUCGCCGAGCUCAAUGCCAUUGCUCCCCUCAUCUCCAAUUUCUUUUUGGCUGCUUACGGAUUGGUCAAUUAUUCAACUUUCCAUGCCGAAAUGGUGAAGCCUGUUGGAUGGAGGCCUACAUUUAGGUAUUACAACGGAUGGAUGAGUUUAAUUGGGGCGAUUCUUUGCGUGGCCGUCAUGUUUUUGAUGAAUUGGCCCACCGCACUCGUCACGUUUGGCUGCCUGUUUGCUUUGUAUCUUGUUGUCAUCUAUCGCAAACCCGACGUGAACUGGGGAUCAUCGACGCAAGCCCAAACUUACAAAGCAGCUCUGAACAGCAUCCAAGAACUGGUGCACAUUGAAGAGCAUGUGAAAAACUAUCGACCCCAAAUCCUUGUCCUUUCCGGCUUGCCAAGCGCUAGACCUCCUCUGGUCGAUUUCGGCUAUUCAAUUUGCAAGCAUUUGUCCAUGAUGGUAUGCGGACAUAUUGUCAAAACUCCCCUGAAUCAACGUACUCGUACAUCCUACACGCAACGAAUGUACCACUGGUUGCGCGAUCACAAAAUCAAAGCCUUUUACAGUCUUGCCGACAAUACGGGUUUCAAAGAGGGAGCUCAGGCAUUGAUGCAACUUAGCGGUCUAGGCAAAAUGAAACCCAAUAUGGUAUUGAUGGGUUACAAACGUGACUGGAACACCUGCUCUGAAGAAGAACUGAACGCCUAUUUCGGAGUGAUUCAUGCUGCCUUUGACAUUUACUUGUCUUUGGCUAUUCUCCGAGCGCCCGAAGGAUUAGACUUCUCUGGCCUGAUCGCCGAAUCUUACAUCUCUCCUAUACCAAUAGCUGUUUCUGGACCAACAGACAGCUCUGCUGCACCGUCCGGCUCGCUCGACGUCCCCGGUGUAGUAGCUGCCACUCUGAAACCAUCAGCAAGUACCGCUUCCGGAUGGAGUGAAAAGAAAGCCCAUUCCCAGGAAUCUCUUCAAUCGCAGGGAAGCAGCUCCGAGCAAACCCCGCCGGGCACUCCUGCAAUGAAGCGAGCCAACGAUUCACAACCUGACUCCUUGGCCGACUCCACUGCCGUCGUCAAUCAAGGAGGAUUAGGGCUGAAGAAGAAGAAGAAGAAGGGAUCUCGAGAAAACCUUUUUACAGACCCGGCUGGCAAUCCGUUGCCAAAAGAACUUCUCAACAAUGUUACCUUGUUCCAGCGAAAACAAAAGAAAGGCAUUAUCGAUGUCUGGUGGCUAUACGAUGAUGGAGGAUUGACUCUAUUGUUGCCCUACAUUCUAACGACCCGUCCCAAUUGGAGUUCGUGCAAACUACGAGUUUUCUGUUUAGCCAACCGCAAAGAAGAGUUGGAUAGUGAACAAAGAAGAAUGGCCGCCAUGUUGUCUAAAUUCCGUAUCGAUUUUUCGGAUGUUAUCGUUAUCACCGACAUAACGAAGAAGUCGUCCGAAUCGACGCGCAACUAUUUCGACGGUCUUAUCAAAAAUUUCGUCAAAAACGAAGACGGGCAGGAUGCCAGAAUUACGGAAUCUGAAAUGCUUGCCCUUCGCGACAAAACUAACCGCCAUAUGCGGCUCCGUGAACAGCUGCUUCUUCACUCCAAGACUUCCAAUCUGAUUGUCAUGACGCUUCCAAUGCCUCGAAAGGGAACGGUGAGCGCCCCGCUGUAUAUGGCCUGGCUGGAAUUAUUGACGGCCAACAUGCCUCCGUUCCUGCUCGUCCGCGGCAAUCAGACAUCCGUUCUCACUUUCUACUCGUAAAAAGAAACGACGAGGGAAAUUACUACCGGCAUAGCCGCCGCCCUGAUCUAGAGGGACGAGGGGGAAAAGCUAGAGGAUGAGUUCUUCGGUGCAGUAUGUGGUGCAAGUCUGAGCAAACAUCACUGUACCGUCGGAUAACAUCUACAAAAUAUUCUUAGUUGACUACAUUUUCUGUAGUGCUCCUUCAUACCUCCCGGACUCUUCGUGUACUUAGAACUCAGUAGGGGUAACGUUUCUUUUUUUAUUAUUAUUUCUUUCAUGGUGGUGCGUUUCAUUUAGACAUAUCUAUUUGUUUCAAUACCAGUCCGGAUUGUCACUUUUUUUUUUAAAGCUUGAUUUAUACUGGUUAUCAACAAAACAUUUUCAACCAGAUGUUCCUAAUCAUACAUUUGUUUUUUGUUUUUUGUUUUUUGUUUUUUUUUUAAUGGGGAAGAAGGGAGGAUAUUGGACUGUUUGUUUUUAUUCUAUUCUGUUGCGAGAAAAAUAAUUAACGCGUGCCUUAAUAACUUAGUGUCUAAGCUUUCGAACUCGAUUUAGAUUCAGAAAUAAACAAAUUACAUUCCAGAA